AUGUCUAAAUCACCAGAGGCGCAACAAGCGCCUGCAGAAGCAUGUCCCGUAGACCACACAACGCGCGCAGCAUGGCUCAAAUCCAACCCAGGCGCAGCCCAUCCCUUCCCUACCGCAACCCAAAAAGCAAACUCCACACCCAACAGCGAAGGAAAUAGUUGCAAUUCCUCGACAGUAGACCAGUCGCCUCCUCCCUCGGGUCUUCUCUCCAAACUCAAAGCGUCUUUUUCCGAUUCCCCGAAAUCUCUAGGCGUGGACCGCGAGGUCUCAACGAUACCGCGAGCUUCAGUGGUGAAUGGCGAAGGAAGCCCCGCGAAUAAUGAGGCCGAGGGAGGAGUUAGUAAGAGUGGGAAUUGGAUAUAUCCGAGUGAGAAGAUGUUCUUUGAUGCGAUGAAGAGGAAGGGGUAUAAGAGUGAGGUGGCGGAUAUGAAGACUAUUGUGCCGAUACAUAAUGCUGUCAAUGAGAGGGCGUGGAAGGAGAUUAAGGAAUGGGAAAGGCCGUUUGGGAGUGAUGAGAAAUGUGGAGGACCAAAACUGGAUUCAUUUCUCGGACUCUCGCAAACGAUGUCCCCGAAAGCACGAAUAAACACCUUUCUAGGAUACACUGCUCCAUUCGACAGACACGACUGGGUAGUCGAUCGCUGUGGAACGAAGGUGGAAUACAUUAUCGAUUUUUAUGCCGGCAAGGCAGAUCCACGGAAUCAGGGGAAGCUCAAUUUCUUCCUAGAUGUACGACCAAAACUUAAUACUUGGGAAGGAUGGAAGAUGAGGGGUAUGAAAGCUGUGGGAUUGAUCUGA